AGUGGGAGUGAGCUCCCGGGGGGCGGUGCGAGCCAAGGUGCAGCAGGAAUGGGACGGGCCCCCAGCCCUGGACAGAUGCAGCGCCCAACUUGAUGCGGCUCCCCGGCUUCUCCGAGGCCCAGGGAAGUCUAUGGUCACCAUCACCUGAAACCACUUUCCAAAAAGGUCCAUGUCAUCAUCUGUUCCAGGACUGAAGAGGGAAUGGCUGCAGCCACAAUAGCUCCAAUGCAAGCCUGGCCCCCGUGGCCCCCUCUCCUUUUCUUGCUCCUCUUGCCUGGAGGGAGCAGUGGCAGCUGCCCUGCUGUGUGUGACUGCACCUCCCAGCCCCGGGCAGUGCUCUGUGACCACCGGAGGCUGGAGGCCGUGCCUGGGGGACUCCCAGUGGACACUGAGCUCCUGGACCUGAGUGGGAACCGCUUGUGGGCUCUUCAGCAGGGGAUGCUCUCCCGCCUGGGCCUGCUCCAGGAACUGGACCUCAGUUACAACCAGCUGUCCACCCUGGAGCCGGGGGCCUUCCAUGGUCUACAAAGCCUACUCACCCUAAGACUGCAGGGCAAUCGGCUGCGAAUCAUGGGGCCAGGGGUCUUCUCAGGCCUGUCUUCCCUUACCUUGCUGGACCUCCGCCUUAACCAGAUUGUCCUCUUCCUUGACGGAGCAUUUGGGGAGCUGGGCAGCCUCCAGCAGCUAGAGGUUGGGGACAACCACCUGGUGUUUGUGGCUCCAGGGGCCUUUGCAGGGCUGGCCAAGCUGAAUGCCCUCACCCUGGAGCGCUGCAACCUCAGCACAGUGCCCGGCCCGGCCCUGGCCCGGCUCCCAGAGCUAGUGGCCCUAAGGCUUCGAGAACUGGAUAUUGGGAGGCUGCCGGCAGGGGCGCUCCGGGGGUUGGGGCAGCUAAAAGAGCUGGAGAUCCACCACUGGCCAGCUCUGGAGUCCCUGGAGCCCGGGAGCCUGGCUGGGCUCAAUCUUAGCAGCCUGGCCAUCACCCGGUGCAAUCUGAGCUCCGUGCCCUUCCAGGCGCUGCGCCACCUGAGCUUCCUCAGGGUCCUGGAUCUAUCUCAGAACCCCAUCUCGGCCAUCCCAGCCCGAAGGCUCAGUCCCCUGGUUCGACUCCAGGAGCUUCGACUCUCCGGGGCCUGCCUCACCUCCAUCGCUGCCCACGCCUUCCAUGGCUUGACUGCCUUCCACCUCCUGGAUGUGGCGGACAACGCCCUUCAGACACUCGAGGAAACGGCAUUCCCUUCUCCAGAUAAACUGGUCACCCUGAGGCUGUCUGGCAACCCCCUGACCUGUGACUGCCGCCUCCUGUGGCUGCUCCGGCUACGCCGCCGCCUGGACUUUGGCACGUCCCCCCCUGCCUGUGCUGGCCCUCAGCAUGUCCGGGGCAAGAGCCUGAGGGACUUCUCAGACAUCCUACCUCCAGGGCACUUCACUUGCCAACCAGCCCUGAUCCAAAAGUCUGGGCCACGAUGGGUCAUCGCAGAGGAGGGUGGACGUGCUGUCUUCUCCUGCUCUGGGGAUGGGGACCCCACCCCCACUGUCUCUUGGAUGAGGCCUCCAAGGGCUUGGUUGGGGAGGGCUGGGCGAGUAAGGGUGCUAGAGGAUGGGACGCUGGAGAUCCGCUCAGUGCAGCUACGGGAUAGAGGGGCCUAUAUCUGUGUGGUCAGCAAUGUCGCUGGGAAUGACUCCCUGAGGACCUGGCUGGAAGUAAUCCAAGUUGAGGCACCCAAUGGCACUCUCUUUGACCACAACAUUACCAUGCCAGGGGUCCCAGGGCCUUUCUUCCUGGACAGCAGAGGUGUAGCUAUGGUGCUGGCAGUUGGCUUCCUCCCCUUCCUUACCUCUGUGACCCUCUGCUUUGGCCUUAUUGCCCUCUGGAGCAAGGGCAAAGGACGGGUCAAGCAUCACGUGACCUUUGACUUUGUGGCACCUCGGCCCUCUGGGGAUAAGAACUCUGGGGGUAACCGGGUCACUGCCAAGCUCUUCUGACCUUAACUUUCAUGCUGGGGACCCAGCCUUCCAGCUUCAGAUACCAAAAGGGAUGCAAACCAAGACCAUGUGGACCAGAACCCCGUCCCAAGCAGCACAGGCCUCCCACACUUCCUGCCUGCACUGUUAGCACAGCUAUGAUGCCUCCUAAUAGAGAGUCUGCCUCAUGCUUUUGCAGCCUGAGGAUAGGGUUGUCGCCCCUUCCCGGAGGGCCCCAGGGCUGGAGAUAUAGACCUUAUAGUCAGCCCAGCCUUGCCCACCAUACACAAAGCAGGAAACAUAACCAAGGCUCCAGCCUGCUGGUCUAAUCAUCAGUCUUCCCUUACACAUACUUACACUCUUUCAUAAUCUGUACCAACUGCCAACCACAGCUUUAAGAUUAUUUCAGAGGGAAGUGUCAGUUGCUUCUUAGAAUCUUUGCUCCUCAAUCAGGUGCUGUCCCUCUCUUACUGCUUUGUCACCUUCUCCAGGCACAAGGGACUAGAGUUGAGGACCUCAGGCUAAGGAGACGAGGGUACAGUGUGGGAUGGGGGAAGACAGACUACA